CGCUAAUACAUGUUUGACAAAUGACGCUUCUCGGCUUCCUUAGGCUUGCCGUUUGUUAUGCUAGUUACUAUUAGCUGUUUCGAACACUGUUUAGUAGAGGAAGCUAAACAGGGUGGAGAAUAUGGUUGUGAAUCUCUGUCUGCCACACUUUUACACAACGGCUCACUGCAACAAGCUGUGUGCAGAUGGCUAUGACGUCACAAACCUUGUGUCGGCAGACCCAGUGCUGCGGAGGCGAGGCUUCAAGUUGGAAUACUUCCUACGUCCUCCUCUGCAGGUGACAUUAAAGUUUGGCUUCCAAGUGGAGCUUUGCAGGAUUGAUGUGGAGCUGUGGCCCUGGGGAAUGGACAAAGGGCAGGCCUGUAAAAGACUGGAGAUCAGCACCAGCUCUGAUUUCUGGACUACUACAAACCACAAACAGACUGAGCAAAAGAACCAGAUGAAGACCAAGGACCAGAAUGAAAAGAGCAGAGUGAAACACCCAAAGGAUGGUUGUAAAUCUCAGCAGAGUAAUGGCCACCAUUGGAGUCUUCAGGCCCAGCAGUGGGGUGAAGAGGUUUUACUUGAUGAUCAACAAAAAUGCCACAUGUUCAAAUGUCAAACAAACACUGAAUCCAAAAACUCUGAGCCAGAAUUUAAGCUGGUAGCUCGCUGUGAAAUUAAGGAAGAAACCCAACUUUGUUUCAGACACUCAAACUUUCGACCUCGGGCGCCGUUUCUUUCCCCUCCCCCUCCGCAGCCUGCAGACUGUCGGCAGGAGGAUCUGUGGAGUCGGGGGUUGCUCUCGCUGGGUGCUGUGACACAGCUCCGUGUGACGGUACCGUUUGGCGGGGCAGCAUCUUCUCUAGGACUGAAAGCGCUGACUGUGUGGGGACAGCCUGCUCGCUGCUGCCCUGCAGAAGAAGUGGAGAGGAUUAAAAGAAUCCAUGAGGACAGUGAAAGACGGCUGAUGCGACCUGUGUUCUCUUCCCCUUCUGUCCGACAAACCACACAACCACUGCAAACACUUUCAAGUGUUUCCAUCCCGGAAGAAUUCCUUGAUCCGAUAACACAGGAAGUGAUGACGCUGCCUAUGUUGCUUCCCGGUGGUGUGUCUGUGGAUAACACUACCCUGGACGAGUAUCAGAAGAGGGAAGCUUCUUGGGGUCGACCACCAAACGACCCUUUCACUGGCGUCUUAUUCUCAUCAACCUCCCAGCCACUUCCCAACCCCCAACUAAAAAGCCGCAUUGACCACUUCCUCUUGCAGAAAGGGAUGAUGAGGAGAGACGGGAUGGUCGGAAGACAAGACCAAGGAGCGAAUCCACAAGCGUCAAGACUUGUAGCCUCAAAUGUGCAUGGACAGUCCCAGAAUUCCCCAUGUCUUAUAAAAAAUUCAUUAAACAUUCAGUUCAGUGCUGACAAUAGAGAUGCAAGGACUUCUGCACAAAUAGAAGAUUCUGGAUCAGGUCUAUCAUCAAAUAAUCAGAAUUUUGCAUCUAAUGUUCUUCCUCUCUGUACGAAGAGUAAAUCAGGGAUGGACAGGAGAAAGAAACGAGAUCUAAAAGAAAUUUCCAAAGAGACGACAGAAGAAUCUACAUGUCAAAAGCAACAGCUUCCUCAAACAAAAAGACCAAGAAAUGAUUCAGUUUCUGCCUCCAGCUGCAGCACUCACGAGAAGCGUUUGUCAGCUAGUCUGGAUGAGGCUCUCUUCUCUGCCCUGAAGGGCCGACCAUCCUUCACUUCAAAAUUGCCCGACCAAAAGAAGGGUAUUUCUAACUCCGACCCACAGGACACCACAGAGCAGAGCAAGAGUUCAGGCUUUCCAAGCACAUCUGCAGGUGAAAAGGUGUGCUCUGCAUGUUCCCGUUCAGUCUCUGUUUACUCAACAGCAGCACCUUCCAUUUACCGUCUGAGCUGCGGUCACUUGCUGUGCCGUCCCUGCCUGCAGAAAGAAUCAGAGCAACCAAGAUCCGCCGCUACAUCAACAUCCAGUUCUGUCCUGUGUCCAGCCUGCCAAACCCCUACCGCACGUGCUCACAUCAUACGUGUGCAUCACUGAUAGAUUACAUCAUAAGCUAAGUGACACAUUCAGAGCAAAAAUUGAUUUCACUUCAAAUGUUUUAUAGGACCAAAAUGAAAAAUAAAAAACUUUUAGAGCUGAAAGUUCAGGUCCUUACCACUUUGUCACUGACUUUGUUAAAUACUACCUCCAUCCCUCCUUUUGAAUAAACACCACAUCUU